CUUUGAACUUUGAAGUGCCAUGAGGGAGUUGCGUAGUUGAGCGUGAUGUCUGCUAGUGGAGUCUAGAGCUGUACAAAUUAGUGUAUGUUGCAAACUGAUCUGUUAAUGCUUACUGAAAAGUGUCACCUCGUUUAAUGUAAAUUGAGAAGCAAUGAGGUUAAAUGGGCUCGUUCAGUCACGGAAGUACUGCCUAUUUGGGAGUCGUUCUUCGUUCGAAGGUCAUCGGACGAAGUAUACGUUGCCGGAAAAAAUUAAGAAGAAACUUGCCAGUGGCCCUGGGUUAGAAGAAUUUUUGCAUGAACCUGAGAGGGACUGGAGCAAUUACGAUGGAAAAUUGAAACGCGAGAAAGGUGAAUCUGAACGAUUAAGAUUGCCACCAUGGUUGAAAACGAACAUUCCAACCGGAAAAAAUUUCAGUAAGAUAAAAGACCAAUUACGUCAACUGAAUUUACAUACAGUAUGUGAAGAAGCAAGAUGUCCCAACAUAGGGGAAUGCUGGGGCGGUGGUACACAUGGAACCGCUACAGCGACAAUAAUGUUGUUGGGUGAUACCUGCACACGAGGCUGUAGAUUUUGCUCAGUGAAAACAUCAAGAACACCUCCACCACCUGAUCCAAAUGAACCAUUACAUACUGCUACAGCUAUUGCUUCAUGGGGAUUGGAUUAUGUAGUUCUAACUUCAGUUGACAGGGAUGAUCUCCCAGAUGGUGGUUCCUACCAUUUUGCCACGACUGUGAUGGAAUUAAAAAAGCAGAAUCCAGAGAUAAUGGUUGAAUGUCUAGUACCAGAUUUCCGUGGUGACCUCAAUGCUGUGAAAACAAUUGUGGAGUCAGGCGUGGAUGUUUUCGCUCAUAACAUAGAGACUGUGGAAGCACUUACUCCAUUUGUUCGAGAUCGCCGAGCACGUUAUCAGCAGUCAUUAACUGUGCUGAAGGGAGCCAAAGAAAUAAAACAAGAUCUGAUUACUAAAUCAUCUAUAAUGUUGGGCCUUGGGGAAACUGAUGAGGAAAUUCGUAAAACACUUGAAGAUUUGCGAGCAAUGGGAGUUGACUGUGUCACUCUUGGUCAAUAUAUGCAGCCAACAAAACGUCACCUGAAAGUAGUGGAGUAUGUUCAUCCUGAAAAAUUUAAACACUGGGAGAGGGUGGGAAAUGAGAUGGGGUUCUUGUACACUGCGAGUGGUCCACUAGUUCGCAGUUCGUACAAGGCAGGAGAGUUUUUUAUCAGCAGCAUUAUUAAGAAGAGGAAAGCACACAGUGCAUAGAAAUUUACUUGUUAUGUGAACACUUGCAAUUAUUGUAAGGCAGUUUUUUGACAUUAAAGUGUUUAUGUGGUCCUUCA